AUGGGGAAAUUGAUCAGACUGGGGGUACAGGAGAGGCGGUUACUCAGGCCAAAGAGGCUUCACUGGAGUCGCCUCCUCUUUCUACUGGCAAUGUUGGUUAUUAGUUCCACCUACCAGCACCUUAGAAGCUCCUGGGGUCUCCCCCCACUGUGGGAAGCAGUCUCUUCCCAACACCUCGUAAAACUGGCCAGCCAAGACCUCUCCAGUGAUGAGAUGGUGAUGGAGAGCAGUGACCCUCUCGAAGCUAGCUCUAAAAUGGAGAGCGAGAUGCAGGCUUCUCAAGCUACAGUGGAAAGGGAUGAAGCAACAUUUGGCAUAACCAUGGAGGACACCCCCAGUUCACCCAGAAGAACAGCCAACAUCAUUCCAACAAUACCCGCUAAUAACUACAGCCCAACAGCAACAGGCACCAAAAGUGUGAAAGAAAACACUCCAACAACACCCAACAGAGUAUGGAAUCAUCACACCCUAACUUCAAGCAGACAAACAGUAAAGAAUUAUACCCCAGUAACACCCAGGGGAGAAAUGAAGAGCUACUACCCAAGUCAAGUCAGGAAAAAGGUGAAGAAACAGACCUCAUCCCCACCUGGUAGAACAGUAGAUAAUUAUGCUUCAUCUAUACUCAUGACAAUGAAAACAAGCUAUGUGAUCACUCCCAGAACAACAGUGAAAGACAGUGAAACUAUGGCAACCUACAAAAUAACUGGGACCAAAACCCCCAAGAGAAUAGUAGAGGAAAAUACCCCAACUACUCCCAAAGGGAUAGCUGACAGCACCCCACUUUUCUUGACAAAUGAAGUAGAAAUGAACAUCUUGACUUCUCCAAGGAGUAUAGUGGAAAAGAACACCCUGACUACCCUCAGAAGAGUGGAAAGUGACAGCCCAACCAAACCCUGGAGGCUAGUGGGAAAGAACAACCUAACAACUCCCCAGAGAGCAGUCCUGGAGCACACCCCAGCCAUCUCUGAGGGACAAGUGACAGUAAGCACCAGGCCAGUCAGCAGCCCAGCAGAAACCAAAGCCUCCACUGCCUCUUGGAGUGUUAGGAAUUCUUCACCCAGAACCAGUGUACCAACCAUCAGAACAGCUUCAGCCACCUUCCAGGGGCUGCUGAAGAAACCUUCCUUAGCACCCAGAACCUCAGUAACCCCUAGGCCCAGGGCAAACCCGACCAUCCAGGUCCAUCACUGUGUGGUUGUGGAGCCAGUGCCAGCAGUGCCCACCACCCCCUCCUCUGGCCUGAAGACAGAGGAGCCUAGUCCCAGCCCCUCAGUGCUGCCCUCCAGCUGGCCAGACCUCCACCCCAAAGGAGAGUACCCUCCGGACCUGUUUAGUGUACAGCAGCGUCGGCAGGGCUGGGUGGUCUUACACAUCUUCGGCAUGAUGUACGUGUUUGUGGCCUUGGCCAUCGUGUGUGAUGAGUACUUUGUCCCAGCCCUGGGUGUCAUCACAGACAAGCUGCAGAUCUCAGAGGAUGUGGCAGGUGCCACAUUCAUGGCUGCUGGGGGCUCUGCCCCUGAGCUCUUCACCUCCCUCAUUGGUGUAUUCAUCUCCCACAGCAAUGUGGGCAUCGGCACCAUCGUGGGCUCUGCUGUGUUCAACAUCCUCUUUGUCAUUGGCACCUGUGCCCUCUUCUCCCGGGAGAUCCUCAAUCUCACCUGGUGGCCCUUGUUCCGUGACGUCUCCUUCUACAUCCUUGACCUGAUGAUGCUCAUCCUCUUCUUCCUAGACAGCCUCAUUGCCUGGUGGGAGAGCCUGCUGCUGCUGCUGGCCUAUGCCCUCUAUGUGUUCACCAUGAAAUGGAACAAGCAGCUUGAGCUGUGGGUAAAGGAGCAGCUUAGCCGGAGGCCCAUAGUAAAGGUUAUGGCACUAGGGGACCUCAGCAAGCCGGGUGAUGGGGCCGUUGCAGUGGAUGAGCCACAGGAUAAGAAGAAGCUGAAGCUCCCGUCUGUGCUGACCCGAGGGAGCAGCUCGGCCUCGCUGCACAACAGCACCAUCCGCAGCACCAUCUACCAGCUCAUGCUCCACAGCCUGGAUCCUCUGGGGGAAGCCCGACCCUCUAAGGACAAGGAGGAGGAGAGCUUGAAUCAGGAGGCUAGAGCCAAGCCCCAGGCCAAAGCAGAAAGCAAAGCAGAAGAGGAGGAAUCAGCUGAGCUCCCUGUGGUCACGGCCACACCAGCCCCUGCUGGAGACGUCAAGGGAGAUCAGGAGGAAGAGCCUGACAGCCAGGAAGGAGAUGUGGCUGAAGCCAAGAGCACAGGUAAAAUGACAGGUGGAGAGGUUGAAGCUCCUGGUAAAGGGGAAAAUGGAGAGCAAAGUGGAGGUGAAGCUCAACUUGAAGGUGAAGGUGAAGGUGAAGGUGAAGCAGAAAGAAAAGAAGUUGAAUGUGAAGAUGGAGGUGAAAGCCAAGCAGAAGAAAAAAGAGACAAUGUAAGUGAAGGUGAAGGUGAAGGUGAAGGUGAAAUCCAGGCAGGAGGAGAAGGUGAAAGGAAAGGUGAUGAAGGGGAAGCUGAAGCUGGAAAUCAAGAUGAUGAGAAAGGUGCAGAUGGUGAAGAGGGAGGUGAUGGAGGUGACAGUGAUGAUGGUGAGGAGGAGGAAGAGGAAGAAGAUGAAGAAGAGGAGGAAGAGAGUGAAGAGGGGGAGGCAAACGAGGAGCCUCUGUCCCUGGAGUGGCCUGAGACCAGGCAGAAGCAGGCCAUUUACCUCUUCCUGCUGCCCAUCGUGUUCCCACUGUGGCUGACAGUGCCCGACGUCCGGAGGUUGGAGUCUAGGAAGUUUUUUGUUCUCACUUUCCUGGGAUCCAUCAUGUGGAUAGCUAUGUUCUCAUACCUCAUGGUGUGGUGGGCUCACCAGGUUGGUGAAACAAUAGGGAUUUCUGAAGAGAUUAUGGGUUUGACAAUCCUAGCAGCAGGCACGUCAAUUCCUGACCUCAUCACCAGUGUGAUUGUCGCUCGGAAAGGCCUGGGAGACAUGGCCGUGUCAAGCUCUGUGGGCAGUAACAUAUUUGAUAUCACUGUGGGCUUGCCUGUUCCUUGGUUGCUUUUCUCUCUUGUCAAUGGAUUACUGCCUGUUCCAGUCAGCAGCAAUGGCUUGUUUUGUGCAAUUGUUUUGCUAUUUCUCAUGCUCCUAUUUGUGAUCUCUUCAAUUGCAUUAUGCAAAUGGAGAAUGAACAAGAUCCUGGGCUUUACAAUGUUUCUCCUUUACUUUGUAUUCCUGAUAAUGAGUGUGAUGUUAGAAGAUCGAAUUAUAUCCUGUCCUGUAUCUGUCUGA